AUGCUCCAUCAGUUGGUUAAUGCCAGAAAUUUAGAUGUCUACCUCUUGUCUCUUUCAACUCAAAUUUCAUUUUACACGUAUUAUUUUGUUUGUUUAUCAAGUCUCUAUUUCUGUUUUCAGUCAGAUGGUAAAUUAUUCUCACCCGUUUCCGAUAAAAGUUUUAACCCCACAUCAAUGUCUUCCUCUAAACUUUCAAAACGAGAGUCUUUAAAGGUUCAAAAGAAGAAUUAUAGAAGUCAAAAGAAACAAGCAGCUAAAGAAUUAUUGAUUACGUUAAAAGAUCCAUCAGUUAUAGUGUUAGCUGAUUGGUUAAAAAUACGGGGCACAUUAAAAAGUUGGACCAAGUUAUGGUGUGUUUUAAAACCAGGUUUGAUCGUCUUGUACAGGAGUGAUAAGUUAAAGAGUAGUAACUGGAUAGGGACUGUGAUAUUAUCAGCAUGUAGACUUAUUGAACGACCUUCAAAAAAAGAUGGCUUCUGUUUCAAACUCUUUCAUCCUUUGGACCAAUCUAUCUGGGCUACAAGGGGACCAAAAGGGGAGACAAUCGGAGCCUUCGUUCAACCUCUUCCAUAUUCAUACCUCAUCUUCCGGGCACCGUCCGAGUCGGCCGGAAAGUGUUGGAUGGACGCGUUAGAAUUAGCAUUAAGAUGUACUAGUUUAUUGAUGAGAUCGAUGACCAAGGAACGAGAUUUAACUUCGGAAGCCAUUGCAGAACAGUUAGAAACCAUGGAAACCACCUCGUUUCAAUCACCAACAGAAUUAAACGAAUCUGAUUGUGAAAAACAUUUUGAAGGACAAGGACUAGAUGAAGAUUGUAAAACAGAUCGUGAAGAAAUUAAAACAGAAACUGAGUCGAGUUGUUCUGAGUUUGAAGAUGAUAAGACGUAUAACACCAACGUUCAGCCAGUAGAGACACAGUAUUAUGAAAACGAAAAGGAAGAACUUGGCCAGCAAGGUGAUGAAUGUCAAACAGAAGAAGUUAAUGAUGAAAAUAAAAGUUUAAUAUGGACACUCGUUAAACAGGUUCGACCUGGAAUGGAUCUGUCUAAAGUCGUGUUACCAACGUUUAUCUUAGAACCUCGAUCAUUUCUAGAUAAAUUAACAGAUUAUUAUUAUCAUGCUGAUAUGUUGUCAGAAGCUGUAUUACAAGAAGACCCCUUCUCUAGAAUGAAAGCUGUCGUACACUGGUACCUAGCAGGCUUUUAUAAAAAACCAAAGGGUCUAAAGAAACCAUAUAAUCCUAUUAUUGGAGAGGUAUUCCGCUGUUAUUGGAGACACCCUAAAACUAAUAGUCGAACUUUCUACAUGGCAGAACAGAUAUCCCAUCAUCCCCCUGUAUCAGCGUUUCAUAUCACCAAUCGUCAUGAUGGUUUUAGUAUAAGUGGUAGUAUUCUCGCUAAAUCCAAAUUCUACGGUAAUUCAAUAUCUGCAAUAUUAGAUGGAACAGCCAAAUUAACCUUUUUAAAACGUGGUGAAGAUUAUUUUAUCACCAUGCCCUACGCACAUUGUAAAGGUAUUUUGAUUGGAACAUUAACUAUGGAGAUGGGAGGAAAGGUUACCAUCAACUGUCCUAAAACAGGUUAUAGAUGUGACCUGGAGUUUAAACUAAAGCCGUUUUUAGGAAGUGGGGAAGCGAGUAAUAAAGUAUCAGGUAAAAUUAAAGUUGGAUCGGACACUUUGUGUCAUAUAGAUGGACAUUGGGACCAAGAAAUAUUGAUAAAAGACAAAACUUCAGGGGAAUCUUCACCAUUUUUAAUAGUAAAUAAAGAAAUGAAGACCUCAAGAUUAAAAAGAUAUACAGUUCCAUUAGAAUGUCAGGAAUCAUUUGAAUCAGAGAGGUUAUGGGAGAAGGUAGGAAUAGCCAUUACUAACAGUGAUAUGCAUGGAGCUACACAGGAGAAACAUCUAUUAGAGGAACAACAGAGACAGGAAGCUAGAGAGAGGAAAGCUAAGAUGGAGGAAUGGAUUCCGAGGUUGUUUGAACGAGACGUUAUCUCCGGAGAUUGGAUGUACAGAUAUGUUGACGUUCGACCGUGGGAUCCAAUUAACGAUCUUCUUCAAUAUGAACGCGAGUUCAAAAUACAGACGCACACAAAACACCGAACACCUGUUGUUCGAACCAUGAGUAUUACUAGUCAGGAACAGGAGAAGAAGAAAUUAUUUCAAAGUGGUAGUUCUACUCCCGAUCCAGAACUUAUUCAUGAUAGUGAUUCUAGUGAAGCUGCAAGUGAGUUGAAUUUUUUUAAGACAGUUUCAGAAAAAAGGCAGCACUGUUUAUAA